GCCGACAGGCAACGCACAACGCACGCACGCGAGAGACCGUGCGUGCCCUCCUCGGCCACACCGGGGUCAGUCGGGGUCCUGCUCUUAUUCAGGACACUCCGAGAGGGAAAAAGCUCCUUCGCUCAGACAUCCACGGUUACCUGCAAUCGUAGUCGCUACCUAGUCGCUGGUCUCGUCGCUUGACUUGAAUCAUACGCGAUCGUCCCGACAGCCACGAAAAGCAAGAAGAGGAAUCAGCUGAACCUCAUCAUUGACAUUAAAGGGAUUCUGCAAAGGGAUUUUUUAAAGUCUCUCGCAUCUUCUUUGAAGUUACGAUCGAGGGAAGUCGAAGUAGUGGAGAAGAAAGAUUGGGAUCCGGGUGGUUUACAUUCGCCACGGUCGACCUUGAUGAACCACGUGGAUCGCUUCUGGAAGAAGACUCGGUUGCCCGAGCGGGACCUGUUUCAACAUCGUUCGAAAGACUCGAUUCCGCGUUUUUCGAGCGCACGCGUGUUUCCGCGAUCGGUAUCUGUGCGAAAACGACGUGUGUCGGAAGUUUGACGUUUGCUGGAGGAAAAUUUGUGUGAUACGCGUCGGACACGCAUCAGGGGAACCGAUAUAGUGUGCGAUCCUCCAUAUGAACGCCGUAGAAUUUUAGCGCAUCGCUCUUGUCACGACACCUGAACGUGAUGUGUGAAGCGGUACCUCGAACUUGGCACAUGAAACCGGAACUUCAUUGCAAUCCCGUUGGAGUUCCGGCGGGCGCCUUGUCACCCCCGGCCACCCUCUCGCCACCGGGUAGUCCAAGCAUAAUCACGCUGCCAUCCUCACCUUGGAGCCCAGGUGUACCGGGGAGCAGUUCGAGCACCAUUGCCUCCGUUAAUGCACCUUCGGGCCUUUGUCAACCCGUCCCCGAUCGUUUCAGCGCUUUCACUCUCGUCUCAAAUUACAACCCCGAUUUGAGACUGCAAAAUCUACCACUCAGCUCCACCGCGCGAGAUAUGCGGUGUGGACUAAUGUACGGCGGUUACGGAGCAUCCGGGGGUGCCUGGUGGGCUCGUCACAUGGGCCUGCUGCUACCACAUUCUUUGCUCCCACCUACAAGAAUCCCGUCCCAACAGACAACACCAGUUACAAAUUGCUCGCCCAUUCAUCCCGAACCUCUUAGUCCGGCACGUCCCGGAUCACCGCGAAGAUGCACGCCAGAGAAAGCCAAAUUCGAAGAGGAGGUGCCAUUGAACCUUAGCACGAAGCCGAGCGAUGUCUCGUCGAGUAUCGGCAACAGGAAAAGUGAAAUCUGGUCACCGGGCUCGGUGUGCGAGAGGGAGGCCAGGGAAACGAGAGCACCGUCCUCCACGAGUCCGUCCUCGACCCCUAUAAUUACGCGGCAAAUUCAUCAUUCACCGCUUACUCCGCCCUCCUCGACGGAAAGGACUUUUCAAUGUAAACAAUGUGGUAAAGCCUUCAAACGGUCAAGCACACUCAGUACUCACUUGCUGAUCCACUCUGACACGAGGCCUUAUCCCUGUCAAUAUUGUGGCAAGAGGUUUCAUCAGAAGUCAGACAUGAAGAAACACACGUACAUCCAUACCGGUGAGAAACCGCACAAGUGCGUGGUGUGCGGCAAGGCGUUCUCCCAGAGCAGCAACCUGAUCACGCACAUGCGUAAGCACACCGGCUACAAGCCGUUUCAAUGCGGUCUGUGCGACAAGGCGUUUCAGAGAAAGGUCGAUCUGCGAAGGCACCGGGAGGGUCAGCAUCCAGCGGCGCCGGCGCUCGAUUAUCGCUCUCUGCAGAUACCGCCUCAGCAGCAGCCGAAUGGCAGCAACCGGCGUUCGUCACCGGUACCGCCGCAUUCAACGGCUUAUCGUAUGAUAUCCGUACCCGGCAGCAGCUGAGACUCCUUCACCUGACAGACGAACGUCUCAUCCGUGAACGCGGCGGUGCCUCGAACCGGAUCAUCCCCCUCGUCCCCCUCGCCCUCACGCUACGUAUCAGCAUCAUCGCGUCGUGGCCCAUCGAAGGUAAAUACGUGUUGUGUGAGAUCGGUCGCCGGAGAAGCGAGAUUUCAUGCGUAGAUUUAAUCCGACGUUUCGUUGGAAGGACUAAUGUAUCUCGAGUGCAUCGGUGGACGUAACACGAGCGUGUUUUAAAUUAAAACUUUUAAUACGCGAGUAAGAUAAAAGAUUGAAUUUACAAUGAUAACUUCUCAUAACAUCUCGGGGAAAGAAGAUUCUGCUGCUAUAAACGUUCGGUGGAAAAUGGAAAUAAUCAAUUUUAUUCUCGCUAAUAUGUUCAACUUCGCUUUACGUCGUGAAUACCUCACAGUAUACGUCGAAAACAAAUAUGCGUGUACACUUAUGUUAGUC